GCGAUUGUAAGUGGGUGAUCUCGAACAGGUAUAAAAGAAUCGUCUGCGGAUUAAAACGAGUACAGACAUAUCGGUACUCUAAAGUCUAGAACCUCCGAGAUGAAGGUGAUUGUGCUCUUAAUCUGUGCGGUAGCCAGUACCUCGGCUGGAAAUGCAGUAGCGUGGCCGGGUGCGAUACCCCUCACUUCAACAGCAGUGAAGACUAUAAUACCACCGCAAAUACAAGGCUUUGGAUAUUCUACUAGCCAGUACAUAAAUGCAAUUCCAUCAGCACCAAUCGGUUAUCAACCACAAUUGAGCUAUCAAAUUUCUCUGCCAAGCUAUCAUCACUAUACACCUGUCGUAAGCGCUCCAUACUAUCCUAACGGUUUUCUAUAUCCUUCGCUGGUUCCUGCUUCUCCUAUUGCACCUGUUUCCUCGAUUGCCCCUAUUGGAGCUAUCAAUCCUGUUGCUCCUAGUUUUCCUAUUCAACCUCCAGUACAAAACCCGGGACCAGCAAUAGAGCAACCCGCUGGUGAUGAAGAUACAGCAGUGAUUGAAGCAGCAGAUUCAUCAUCUAAACAGCAACAACCUUCUCAACCACAAUUACCAUCUGACUUUUCACAAACAUCCUUAGACUCAAAAAAUAUGCCACAAUAUCCUCAGAUACCUGAAGCUUCUCAACAGUUUCCAUUUUAUCCACAAAUCCCACAAUUUAUUCAACCAGGAUUUAAUUUUCCUCCCCAACAAUCAGGACUGCAACAGAAUCCUUCGUUUUCUCAAGACUCCUCGUCUUCGAGUUUUCCCGCUACUGAUAACACAGAUAAGGGUCUAGUUGACGAAGACUCAGUAGCAGUGGAUUCUGCGUAAUUUAAAAUAUAAU